CAGCGUGCACCUCUCAUGCCAAUAUAUCCAGGUCUGAUCUGUCACCUAUGUGUGCCCAGUCCGGGUGCUGGGGACUUGUGCACUGCACAGGCAAUCAGGACGGAUUGAGCUUCAUUGACGAUCCUCUGUGUGUGUGUGUGUGCUGGGUGGGGGGUGUUUAGUGGGUGGAGUGUCAAGCACCAUCAGACUGCAAAACUUUCUUCAAAGCUCACUUCAUGUUCAGCUUUUGCUUCAGGGAACAUUGAGGAGAUGGUGGCAGAUCGCACUCUGGCACAAUAAGAAGGAUACAAGCUGAAGUGAUCGCAUUGUGUAUGUGAGUGCAGAGGACAUCCCCGGCGAAGGACCAUGAACUGGGCACUGUUGGCUGGACUGCUUCUCCUCCUGCAGGGGUUCAUCAGUAACACCGAGUCUGCGGCAUGUAAUGGAUGUGCAACUGGUAAAUGUGACUGCAGUGGAGCAAAAGGACAAAAAGGAGAACGAGGUUUACCUGGUCUACCUGGCAUCAUUGGUUUUCCUGGACUUCAAGGACCUGAAGGACCACUAGGACCAUUGGGACAGAAGGGUGACACUGGUGAGCCAGGACUUCCAGGAACAAAAGGAAACAGAGGGCCUUCCGGAGCAGCCGGAUUUCCAGGAAAUCCAGGCCUACCGGGGAUACCAGGACAAGAUGGCCCUCCUGGCCCACCCGGUAUUCCAGGCUGCAAUGGCACAAAGGGAGAAAUUGGACCUUUUGGACCUCCUGGCCUACCAGGGCUAAUUGGUUAUCCUGGUGCUCCAGGACCUUCAGGAACUAAGGGAGAUCCAGGAGAUGUCAUUGGUUUUAUGACAAAAGGCGAAAAAGGAUUUUCCGGAAGUCCAGGUUUACCAGGCACACCUGGACUCCCCGGAUUAGAAGGUCCGUUAGGACCUUCUGGACCACCAGGUCGUCAAGGAUCACCAGGGUCCUCAGGUCCACCAGGACCAAAGGGCUCCAUGGGCCUGAGUUUUCAUGGACCGCAAGGUGAAAAAGGUGAGCCUGGUCUUCCAGGUCCCCCUGGUCCCCAAGGUCCAGCAUCCUUUGACAGACCGAAUGCAACAGAAGUAUACGGAAUAAAGGGAGCAAAGGGUGCACUAGGUGACAAAGGCGACAGAGGAUUUUCAGGUGUUCCUGGAAGUAGCAUUAAAGGAGAAAAAGGAGACCCUGGAAAGGCAGGACCAAGGGGAAAACCUGGAAAAGAUGGUGAUCAGGGAGAAAAGGGAUAUACUGGAGUCCCAGGUAACCCGGGUUUUAAUGGAUUUCCUGGACAGGAUGGACAAAAAGGAAUAAAGGGAGAGCGCGGAUUUCAGGGACCUCCAGGAGCCGUAAUAGAUGAUGGCCGGCCUACUGUAGUUGGAGAGAAGGGAGACACUGGAUCACCUGGUUAUCCUGGUAGCAGAGGAGAUAGGGGUGCUAAAGGUGAACCUGGACUACAAGGAUUUCCCGGAUCACCAGGAACAUCUAUUCCUGGCCCCCCUGGAGCACCAGGAUAUACAGGGGAGAGGGGUGAAAAUGGAAAUCCUGGAUUGCCAGGUUUAUCCUUACCAGGGGAGAAGGGCAGACAAGGCCCACCUGGGCCUCAAGGAUCAGCAGGUCCACCAGGCCCCAUCGAUCCAACCCAUGAAUGCAUUCCCGGGCAAACUGGUGACCGUGGAUCCGAUGGAAACCCAGGCCAACAAGGAUUUGCAGGAGAAAGGGGACAGAAAGGUGACAAAGGUGAUGCCUGUCCAUUAUGUGAAACAAUGCCAUCACCACUUCCUGGUCCAUCAGGUCCCCAAGGCCCACCUGGUAAAACAGGACCGCCUGGCCAGCCAGGUGACAAAGGAGACAGAGGGCAACCAGGCUACGAUGGCUUACCAGGAGCAACUGGACCUCAAGGUGUUCCAGGUCUGCUAGGGAGUCCUGGAGCAAAGGGUGAACCCGGGGAAGUUUAUUUUGAUCAGCAACUAAAGGGUGAAAAGGGAGAGACAGGUUUCCCGGGACAAUCAGGAACUCCAGGAAAAGACGGAAGACCAGGAAGAGAUGGAUUUCCAGGCCAGCCUGGCCCCAAAGGUGCUUUGGGCACAAUUGGUGCAAAAGGUGAGCGUGGGCCAUCUGGUGACAGCGGAUUUCCUGGGGUUUCUGGAGAAAAAGGUUUGCCAGGACCUCCAGGAGUAGGGCAACCAGGACAGCCUGGAGACAGAGGAGAACCAGGAGCUCCUGGUUUUGUAGGAAUACCUGGAAACCCUGGUAUUAAAGGUGAACCUGGAAAAGCCAUGGUUGUUGUUGGAGAACCAGGCACAAUGGGACCUGCAGGUUAUCCUGGAUUACCUGGGGAGCAAGGUGAGAAGGGUGCUGUUGGUUUUCCAGGAAGAUCUGGGUUUCCUGGAGAGAAAGGAGACUCUGGUAAAGAGGGUAAAGGACUCCCUGGACCUCCUGGAGAAAAAGGUUACCCUGGAAUAGAUGGCCCACAGGGAUUAGAUGGGGUACCUGGUCAACCAGGUCAUGAUGGUUUACCUGGAAAUCAAGGUCGACCUGGAGAGAAAGGUGAGCCUGGGCUGGGUCUUCCAGGUCCUAAAGGAUUGUCUGGACCACCAGGUCCCACUGGCCCUACUGGAGUGAAAGGAAGUACAGGAUCAGCCGGUAUCCCUGGUGAACAGGGUCUCCCAGGAGUUCCCGGUUAUUCAGGAGCUAAAGGUGAUACUGGCCCUGCUGGGGCACCAGGCAUGAGAGGUAAUCCUGGUGUACCUGGUUUUGGUCCUCCUGGAGAACAAGGGCCUCAAGGAGUACCGGGAUCUCUUGGAGUCUCAGGCCCUACUGGACAGAAGGGAGAAAGAGGAUAUCCUGGUUUCCCUGGAGCAGAUAUGCCAGGUCCAAAGGGAGAUAAGGGGAAAGCUGGCAUGCCAGGAUCUAUGGGAAUGCCAGGAUUGCCUGGGCAGCCAGGUCCAGCAGGAAAAGACGGGUCUCCAGGUUUCCAAGGCCAAAAAGGAGAAAUGGGUUUUAUGGGAGUUCCAGGAAUCUCUGGUCAGCCAGGUUCCCCAGGAAAUCCGGGAUUACCUGGAGAAAAAGGUGAAUCUGGUCCCCCUGGUUUCCGUGGAGAGCCUGGAAUUUCUGGUUUUAAAGGUGAAAAGGGUGAAGGUGGACUGCAAGGACCACCAGGAUCUAUUUCAGACAUGGGACACAUGAAGGGCGAAAAAGGAGAUCAGGGUGACAGAGGUGGCACAGGGCAUGAAGGAAAACAAGGGACACAGGGUGAAACAGGAGACACUGGAAUGCCUGGAAAAGAUGGAGAUCAAGGAAUGCCAGGGAAACAAGGAAUAAAAGGAGACAAGGGUAGUCAAGGUGUUCCAGGAAGUCCAGGCCUUUCAGGUCAUAAAGGAUCAAUGGGAGAAAUGGGCCUACCAGGGCCUAGUGGACCAAAAGGCGAACAUGGUAUACAAGGCACUCCAGGUCUACCAGGUGUAACUGGAAUAAAAGGUGAAAGAGGGCUUAAAGGUGAAGAGGGUUCUCCAGGCGUUGGCAUUCCUGGACCUCCAGGGACUAAGGGUGAUCCUGGAGCCCAUGGCCAACAAGGUUAUCCAGGUGAAAGGGGUGAAAAAGGUGACGGUGGUAUCCCUGGGAUGCCUGGGUUACCAGGUGUAAAGGGAUCAUCAGGUCAUUCAGGACUUCCAGGUAGCCCAGGAAUUCCUGGAGAGAAGGGAGCUAAAGGAUUCCCUGGACUGGGUGGUGUUUCCGGAUCAAAAGGACAACCAGGUGAACCUGGAAUUCAGGGACCUCCUGGUUCAUUUGGAGAAAAGGGUGAACCAGGCCUUGAUGGAAUUCCAGGAACACCUGGUGAAAAGGGUGAUCAUGGUUUACCAGGAAGAGGCCUGCCUGGAUUCCCUGGGGAACAUGGUGAAAAGGGUUUCAAAGGUGAAGCUGGUUUACCUGGUGCACCUGGCCUCCCUGGCUUUCCUGGCCUUAAAGGUGAUCAAGGGUUUCCUGGCAGUGAAGGACUUCAAGGGCAACCAGGUUUUCCUGGACCUCCCGGGGUGGCAAUGGAAGGUCCAAAAGGUGACAAAGGACUUCAGGGACCACCUGGAUUCCGUGGUGCUCCGGGUGCUGUGGGCGUUCCUGGCCCUUCAGGACAUGAUGGAUUGAAAGGAGACAAAGGAGAGCAGGGUUGGCCUGGAGCUCCUGGUUUCCCGGGAGUGAAAGGUGAAUCUGGAAUACAAGGUCUACCUGGAGAUGCUGGUACUGCAGGAAGAGAAGGCCAAAAAGGUGAUGUUGGUUCCCCAGGAUUUCAAGGGGUUCCAGGUUUGAAAGGUUCAUAUGGACCCACUGGAGAGAAAGGAGAUUUAGGACAUCCUGGGGUACCUGGGCCUAAAGGAACACAAGGUCAUCCAGGCCCCGCAGGUCAACUUCAAAUAAUUAAGGGAGAACCUGGCCCUCCAGGACCAUCAGGCCCCUCUGGCCCUAAAGGAUUUCCUGGAUAUCACGGUCCUAAGGGAGAGCAAGGUGAUAUUGGUGCUGUAGGACUGCCUGGACUACCUGGAGUGUCAGGAAUGGAUGGUUUCCCCGGGCAAAAAGGAGAAUUCGGUCUCUCUGGGCCAACAGGUCCAAGGGGGUAUCCUGGCCCACCUGGUUCAGAUGGUUUACCUGGACCCAUUGGUUUACCUGGACUUCCGUCAAUGGCUCAUGGAUUCCUGGUUACAAGACACAGCCAGGCACCUGAGGAGCCAUCUUGUCCUCUGGGCACAGUCCCAGUAUACACCGGAUACUCACUUCUCUAUGUACAGGGAAAUGAAAGAGCACAUGGUCAAGACCUAGGUGCUGCUGGAAGCUGCCUACGUAAAUUCAGCACAAUGCCUUUCCUGUUCUGCAACAUUAAUAAUGUGUGCAACUUCGCAUCAAGAAAUGAUUAUUCCUAUUGGCUCUCAACACCUGAACCAAUGCCAAUGAGCAUGGCUCCUAUCACAGGGGACGAAAUCAAGCCUUUCAUUAGCAGAUGCAGUGUUUGUGAAGCACCUGCCAUGGUGAUGGCAGUUCAUAGUCAAACAAUUCAGAUCCCUCAAUGUCCAGAUGGGUGGAUUUCAUUGUGGAUUGGAUAUUCAUUUGUAAUGCAAACCAGCGCUGGUGCUGAAGGUUCUGGCCAAGCUUUGGCAUCUCCAGGCUCCUGUCUAGAGGAAUUCCGUAGUGCACCAUUUAUUGAGUGCCAUGGACGAGGAACCUGCAACUACUAUGCCAAUACAUACAGCUUUUGGCUGGCUACAAUCGAGAGGGAUGAAAUGUUUAAAAAACCUACACCUUCAACCCUGAAAGCUGGAGAUCUCCGCACACAUGUCAGCCGCUGUCAAGUAUGCAUGAGAAGGACUUAAUAUCAUCAAACUAUUCAAAUAUGGUGCUAUUUCUCUAACCUGAAAAGCCAAAUACUAUAUUCAUGUACCUCACUAUUGUACAACAAGAAAAAAGUAAAGUGCACUAUUGGAAAGCACAUCCUUUGCUCUGUUUUACUGGUCCUUGCCUACUGACAGAGAAAAGACAAUCAGAUUCCUUUAUGGCACUUUAAAAUUAAAUAAAAUGUAUAAAAUAAAAGAAUGCACUGAUUCUCUACAGCAGCAGAAGCUGAUUUCUUAAUUCAUAAGGUGCUAGGAGAUUUGCAGUACCUUAUGCUGUUGACUCCUCCUACUACUCUUGUAUUAUAUUUUAGUUUCUGUUUAAUAGAUAUGAGUAUUUUUAAAUUCUUGUAUAAUUUUUUUU